AUGGGAGUCGACGAGGAAGCCAACGCUGCGCCCGCGGUGACGAGCGUGCUGGCCAGUGGCGAUCUUCCCGAUAAUCUUGCCGACCUGUCGGCGGAUGAGCAAACACUUGCAGCGCUGGGAUACAAGCAAGAGUUCAAGCGCGAGUUUUCUUCAUGGACAACAUUCGCUGUCAGCUUUGCCGUCAUGGGUCUCCUCCCGAGUAUCGGAACCACCAUGUGGUAUGGACUUGGCUAUGCGGGUCCGGCAGCGAAUACCUGGGGCUGGCUUCUCUCCGUCAUCUUCGUUCUCUGUGUCGCCCUGUCAAUGGCAGAAUUGGCAUCUAGUAUGCCCACCUCUGGAGGCCUGUACUAUGCGGCGGCUGUCCUCGCAGGUCCAAAGUAUGGUCCACUCGCGGCUUGGAUUACUGGUUGGGCAAACUGGCUGGUGCAAGUCACUGGUGCCCCAAGUGUUGGCUAUGGAUGUGCUGGAAUGAUUCUCGCUGUCGCGUCGAUGAGAAACCCCGACUACGUUCCAACAGACUGGCAGACGUUUCUACUCACAGUUUUCAUCAUGAUCACCCAGUCAGUCCUGAGCAGUAUGCCCACGCGGUGGAUCGCGAACCUCAACUCUGUGGGAACCGUGGUCAACGUAGCUUGCUUGUUCAUCACCAUCAUCAUUAUCCCAGCAGCCAGCAAGGUCACCCCGAAAUUCCAAUCGAGCGACUUUGCUUGGAGCAUCCAAAACUAUACCGACUGGCCUGAUGGUAUCUCGGUUAUGAUGUCCUUUCUCGCCAUUACUUGGACAAUGUCAGGCUAUGACUCGUCGUUUCACUUGUCAGAGGAAUGCUCCAAUGCGUCGGUUGCCACACCGCGAUCCAUUGUCAUGACCGCUGUCUCUGGAUCUAUCUUGGGGUUCAUUUUGAACGUUCUUAUCGCAUAUACUAUCCAGGAUGUCGAACAAAUCUUUGAGAGCGAUUUGGGCCAACCCUGGGCCGCAUAUCUGAUCCAAAUUCUCCCCGAGCCAAUCGCCAUUGCUGUUUUGUGUAUGACAAUCGUCUGCGCUUACUCAAUGGGCCAGGGCUGCAUGGUUAGCGCGAGUCGAGUCUGCUUCGCAUAUGCCCGAGAUGACUGCUACGGUGUGCUCAGCCCACUCCUCAAGCAGGUCAACCGAUAUACCCUCACGCCCGUCAACGCCGUCUGGUUCAAUACUUUGAUCGGAGUCCUAUGCAUGCUCCUACUCUUUGGAGGAGAUGCUAGCAUUGCGGCCAUCUUUUCCAUUGGCGCCAUUGCUGCCUACAUUGCCUUUGUCCUUCCCGUCUUCAUCAAGAUCGCCUUUGUCGGGAACAACUUUCGCCCCGGACCCUGGAACCUCGGAAAGUUCAGCGUUCCUGUUGGUAUUGUCUCCUGCAUGUUUGCGUUGGUUAUGAUGCCCAUCUUCUGCUUCCCGGCUUACGAGGGCGCCAACCUGACGGCUGAUGGCAUGAACUGGACUGUCGUGGUAUUUGGUGUGCCAAUGAUUCUCAUUGUGAUUUGGUUCUUCGUCGAUGCCCACAAAUGGUUCAAGGGACCCAAGAUCAACAUCAAGCAUCACAUGAUUGGCCAAGACCCUAUGACUGAAGGCGUGGAGGUCAAAGACCCAGCACUUGCCCCGGAUGUGUCAGAUGGCGAGAAGGAUUCUUCGAGGAAGCAGUCGUCGUAG